UCGGCGGAGCUUUUCGUGGGUUCGUCUAACGUGCAAGCAAAUUUGUUUCUUGGUGGUGGCCACCACUACGAUGUCACACCGAACUUGUCUCAGCCACGGUCGGGGCCGGCAUCUUAUCCCGCCGCUUUUAGUUCCAUUCCCGUUCUUGACUUUAACCAAGCAUUGAUGUCGUCGACCAAGUCGGGUUUUCUGAUCCAUCUUCGAGAAGCGCUCAUCAAUGUCGGAUUUUUCUACCUUGAGAACCCGCCUAUCUCACUCAGGGUACAGCAUGUGUUCUUGGAAAAAGCGAUGAAACUUUUUGACCUCCCCUUGGAGAAGAAACUAGAGAUUGAGAUGGUCAACAGCCCGCACUUUCUCGGCUACUCAAGACUGGGGGCAGAGAUCACUGCACUUAAGAAGGAUUACCGGGAGCAAUUUGAUUUCGCAACCGAACUGCCCGCGCCUGGAAAAGAUGAGCCACUGUAUAGAAAUAUUUACGGCCCUAACCAGUGGCCCGAUGAAAAUGCAAUCCCAGGCUUCCGCAAAGCUAUUGAGGACUAUAUCGCUGAAGCAAGCAAAAUGGCCGCUUCUUUUACAGCCCUUACCGCAGAAGCCCUAGAUCUUCCGCCAACGGCUUUUGAUCAAGCCUUCGAUGAUCCAGGGCAGCACAAGUUAAAGCUAAUCAAGUAUCCCCUUCCACCAUCUUCUGGUGACGAUGCCGCUGGCUUCCAGGGCGUCGGUGCUCAUAAAGACUCUGGCUUUCUGACUUUCCUUUUACAAGCGACAUCUCAUCAUGGCCUUGAGGUACAAAACAAAGCCGGAAAUUGGAUUCCUGCGGCUCCAAUUCCUAACACAGUGGUGAUCAACAUCGGCCGUGCUCUUGAAGCAUUGACAGGAGGAAUUUGUACGGCGACUACUCAUCGUGUAAACUUACGGGAAGAGCACUUUGUGGAUGCUGAAGGAAACCCUCUUGGCCCGCGGUUUUCUUUCCCGGUAUUCCAAGGGGUCAGCCCGGAUCUCUCUGCGGAGAACAUUUCACUGGUUAUUCCACCCCAUAUCCGAGAGCUAGUGAAGGAUGAAAAAGUCAAAUCGGAUGCCGAAACCACAUUUAACGAAAUGUUUCGAACGAACAUUGGGGAAGCUACGUUGAUUGCCCGUGUGACGAGCCAUCAAGAUGUCGGACAGCGAUAUUAUCCAGAGGUGUUGUGCGAGGCUCUCAAGGGCCAAAGAGGCUAUAUUGCGCAUUGA